AUGAAUUAUCUUAGAUCUCUCGUCUCAGGCAAAAAGAAAAGAUAUCGUGAAGAUGGAUUUAACCUUGACCUCUCCUACAUCACAGAGCGGUUAAUUGCUAUGGCAAUCCCAGGAGAAGGACUGACGAAGAUCUACCGAAAUCCCCUUGAAUCAGUCUCAAAAUUUCUAAAUGACUACCACAAAGACAAUUACAUGAUUUUAAACCUCAGCGGAAUCCGUUACGAUUAUUCAAAAUUUGACCACAAUGUAAAGGAAUUUCCUUGGUCGGACCACUACCCUCCUCCAAUUGAGCUUCUCUUCAAAGCAUGCCAAGAAAUACAUUCUUGGCUUACAGAGUCUGUUGACCAUAUUGUUGCCAUCAACUGCCGAGCUGGCAAAGGCUAUUAAAUCAGUUAUUAGUCAUAUUGGUGACGUAGUCACCAAAGACCUCCUAUAUGGGAGGUUCAACCGAUUGACUCCAGCCCAGAAGGUCUUUCCCCCAAAGUUAGAUGCCACUCCAGUACCUUCUGUCUCCUCCUUGCCUUUUCAGUCUUGAAUGGGUUGCUUAUGGAUUUCUGAUACCCUGCUAUGGACAUUGAAGUAGUUUGAUUUCAAACGAUCAACUCCUUGGAGUCUGUCGGGUACCAAAGUGUCUUCAUUCUACAGUUACAGGUAAAAGACUGCUUUCUUGUGGCCUGGGCCGAAACCCCUAGUUUCUUGAUAGAGAAAUGCCCAUGGAUCCUCAGAUCCAAAGGGCAUUGUUGAACACUUUCAUUUCCAACCACAGGAAAGCAGCCAAAACCUAUCCGAAAGCGCAUCUCCUGAGCCUCAUUUGAUUCUCUGCUCGGAGUCCGUCCCAGUUCGCCGUAGCCAUAAGGUCCUGACUUUGCGCCAAAAUGGCAGGCUGGCACGUGUCGCCAUUUCAAUAUAUGCCGAGUUGGCAAAGGUAGAACAGGAACUUUAAUCUGUUGCUAUUUAAUAUAUUCUGGAAGAAUUACAGACCCAGAGCAAGCAUUAACUUAUUAUAGAAGAAAAAGGUUUAAUAAGGGUGGAGGAGUCCAGCAACCAUCUCAGGUCAGAUAUGUCCAGUACUUUGCUGAAAUUUUUCACGGCAGAGUAAAGUGUCCUAUAAUUACAAAACUGACAAAAAUUCGUUUCCGGACAGCCCCGCACUCAUCUGGGAUUUCUUGCAAGCCAGUCAUUGAAAUCUCAAGAGGAGAAGAAAUUUUGUACACAAAUAAGGCUGCUCAUAGAGAAGACCAAAACAGCAUUUUAGACUCGUGAGAAGACGUCAGAUACCAUGAAAUCUUUAAAGACGAACUUGCUUUGCAAGGCGAUAUUUUGUGUAGAAUUUCACAUUGGGGAGCAAUUAAGCUUAAAACAGUUUGCAGAUUUUCUUUUAAUACAGGUUUUAUUGAGCCGAAUUGUAUUUUAAGGCUAUCAAAAGCAGAAAUUGAUCCUUUUAAGCUAGCCCGUAGCAAAAAAAUAUCAGACUAUUUUACUAUAGAAUUAACUUUUAAAGAAGUUUGUUCGUGCACGCCUGACAUGGCUUUGCAUGAUAGAUGCCAACAAUGCAUAUCUAAGCUUGACCCUCAAGAAAUAGCCAAAUGACGAAAUAUAAAGAAAAUCCUUUUUGAAAGAAUAAAUGAAAAUUCUUCCAGGUUGUUAUUUGGAUCAUCAAGACUUGAUGAUAUUGAUGAAGUAUUAAAUCAAGCUGAAAAUUGUGAUAAAUCAUACGAUGAGGAAUAA